GAUUGUACUCCCUUGAACUCUCGCUUAUCCAGGUUUCACUGUAUUACGGUGAUCGAUUAAAGACCUAGUGGAUAAUGAGCUCAAGUUCAAUUAAGUAAAACACAACUUACAAACUCCACUAGAAAUUGAUUACUAAAUGACAGUUUUCUAUCGUAAUUUUAAUACUUUCUCACAUAGCAGAAAAGGGGAUCAGACAUUAAAAAAAAUCUUAUCAUUGCGACCAAGAAUUUUAACUGCGCAUAGCUUGUAUAAAAUUAUUUUUAAAGCUAAAUGAAUGUUUUACGAUCAAAACAAUUUUCAAUUAAAUUUUCAAUUUUGUACUAAACCAUAAUGAAGUUUUAUUCAAUCUGUGUAACUCAAUUUGGUCAGAACUGAAAGAAAAGUUUUAUUGGAAACCGCCUUUACAUCAAUCGUUAAUCUAAACAAUUUGAAGAUAUCUGAUUAUUUUAGCAAGGGGGAGCCAUAAUCUGUUCUAAGCAUUGUUGACAUUCCAAUCCGAAUCCUUUUGUGGCACAAUCGUCUCUUCUAUCUUCAAUGGUCGAUCCUUUUUCCUCUUCAGCUGUAACGUAAAUCCUAUUACUUUUAUGUCUCCCAAUACGACCUUUAGCAGUUAAAUCGAAGUUUUCCAAGGCCAUGAUCAACGUUUGUAGGCUUUCACUACCCUUAGUAACAGUGAUUUUAUAGACUAUUGUCUUACGUAAUGGUUGCACGUUUUUUGUAUUCAAACUAUUUUUAAAAGGGAAAUAAAUAAAUAUGAAACAGCAGGACAGUCUCAAACACAUCUACUAAAAUUAUAGGUAACAUUAAAAAACAAAAGUUUAUUUGAAACAUCAGUGAGGGUUAAAUUUUAUAGAAACCUAAUAUAAACCAUUGUUUAUAUUAAGCUUACAUCAAGAUACAAGUAGAAGUUCAAAAACAAACAAAAAAAUGAUUUUGAAAACGAAGCCACAAUAGCGUUUGGAAAACCUCACAUUUUACUGAACAAGACGAUUCAAUAAUAUAACCAUGAACCCCAAAAGGUAAUCGUCGAAAUAGCAAUGGGGUCAUCCAGUGGUAUGGCGACAGCACAAUCGUAUCAACCCAUUUACUGGGCCCCGAAACCAAACUAUUUAUAGUCUUGACAACUUCAUUCGUUGAAUAAAAUCUGCACUUCCGACUUACCGCUGUAUUCUUCUGACGUACUUUCGACCAUAGGCUUGGAUACCGAAGAACCAAAUCAUUGGAUUUCGUCAAGAAAUAUCGCUAGUGCUGUGCUUCGUAUUAAAUUUGACACAUUUAACUUGGAAAUAUUUGAAAAUGCUUCGAAGGAUAAAAUUAAACGUAUAAUAACAAUUAGCACUCACAUGCCAGCGUGCUAUUUCUAUGGAAGGAUAAAAUAACUUUGCAUAAACAAAUCCGUGAAGAGAUACAGUAAGAAUGUUUUUUUACAUUGCUUCUCAUUGUGUGAAUGACGUAACUUCCUAGUAUGAUUGCUGUACUAAUAUAGACUUUAUUAACAUUACUGAGUGAUAACCCAUUUGACACUUCAGAUCAUGGUGUUAAUGGAGUGGCUAUAUAAAUUUAAGGUCAGUACAUCAAAAAACGUCUAUUCGUUAUCAAUAUUCAGUAAGGAUGUACGCGAAAAUCGUUGUGAUUUCUGUGGCUUUCCUACAAUUAGCUUCCAUUGCGGAAUCUAAUGAUAUAAGAUUAGGAAUAGAUACACCGCGUUCAAGAAAAAUAUACAGUGAAAUCAAAGAAGCAGAUCCGGCAUUGUGGAAAAGAACAGACGAUAUAAUAAUAAAUGCUCCUAACAAUGAGCUGAUAACUGCUGUUUACAUUACAGACUUGAGGGAAUAUAAAGACGGUGAGGCAUUUAUCGAAAGUGGUGGUGUCGGACAAAAAAGUGUCACUAUUGGCUUGAAGAGUCCAACUAUAUUAAGAGGAUACAAGUUCGAAAUUGAAGUGUACGCCAGUGACCCUAACGCUGGAUAUUUUAGUAAAGGCUAUGCGCCUUACCUUCAGGAAACUCAGUAUGCAAGAAAGUUUUAAUAGAUUACUGUUUGUAAUUUCUCAUUCCGUUAUUAGGGCAACCCGUCAUAUCUCUUUAAAACAUUAGUCCUUAAUUUAAUAUUGUGCUUGGUUCUCUUGUAUGUCACCGUGGAUAAUGUUCUUUAAAUUAAC